AUGGCAUCGCCAGAACUCACCCUCAUUGUGGCCGCCACCCGCAGCAUGGGCAUAGGCUUCCAGGGCACGAUGCCCUGGAAAGGCCUGAAAAGAGAAAUGCAGUAUUUUGCUCGCGUGACGACUCGAGUUCCGGCUUCUUCAUCACAGAACGCAGUCAUCAUGGGCCGCAAAACCUGGGACUCUAUCCCCCCCAAAUUCCGCCCUCUCAAGAACCGCCUCAACAUCGUCAUCACCCGCUCAGCGCCGGCCAACCCGCCCUCUCCCCCCGCAGGAGGCUCUGAGAUCCGAGUGCCGUCCGUGGAGGCGGCGCUGCGGUACGCGCAAGAGGCGAAUUCGAGCGGCGGGCGCAUCUUCGUCAUGGGCGGCGCGCAGAUCUACGAGGCGGCGCUGAGGCAUCCGGCUGCGAAGCGCGUGCUGCUGACGAGCAUUGAUGCUGAGUUUGAGUGCGAUACGUUUUUCCCGCUGAACUUGACGGGGGAGGGGGUUGAUGGGUGGAAGAAGAGGUCAAGAGAGGAGUUGCAGGAGUGGACGGGUGAAGAGGUUGAGGAGGGUGGACAGGAGGAGGCGGGCGUCAAGUAUGAAUUUCAGAUGUGGGAGAGGAGUGAGUGA